CGUGCUUUCCCCUUUGCUCGCUCGCGGACCUCCGUCCCGGACUCCGACUCCCGGCGGCGCUCUCGCGCCAGCAAGCUCGAAUCUGCACGCCGCCGCCGCCGCCGCCGCCGCCCCACGCCCACGGCGCCUAGAACCAGGGUCUUUCUGGUGUGCAGGGGUGGGCGCUUGGCUUCUGAGAACAUGUAACGGGUGUUGAUACGAAAAUAGGUUCCUGGAAUAGCGGGUUCAUUAGCAGUUUGGCACAACUUUGAAGCUGCAGGGGAUUUCAAAUGCCCUUUGUCAUCAGGUCCACGGUUCCACUGAGCCAGAGGAUUUUUUAUUGUAUUUUCAACUUCCCUGAGGAUGUUUGACAGUACUCAAAAAGCUCAAUACAUGGAUGGGCACAGAGAGAGGUUUAUUAGGCUGGAUGAGUCAAGUCCUAGGUCAUCUGUACCUUCUGAAGUGGGAGGCAGGAGUACAUUGAGGUCCAGCAUGCCUGGGUUUGGUUAUGGUCCAUUUAAUGCACUAAGGUCUUUCUUGUCUGGGGGCUCUGGAAGACUGAAGUCACUUAGACAGUCACUUACUUCUGGUGCUCCUAAGACAGCUUUUGCGGAAGAUCUUAAAUCAUAUAAGAGAACUAUAUUUGAUCCCCAGGACAAACUUCUUUUCCGAAUGAACUGGGUUUUCUUCUCGUCUUGUCUUUUUGCUGUUGCAGUGGACCCACUAUUCUUCUUCCUACCCAUCAUCAACGAUUCAAACUGCAUUGGUAUUGAUAAAAAGUUGGCAGUGACAUCAACAAUAAUACGUACGGUUAUUGAUUUUGUCUACCUUAUACGCGUGUGUCUUCAAUUCCGCACUGCUUAUGUUGCUCCAUCUUCACGCGUGUUUGGGACUGGUGAGCUUGUGAUUGAUCCGAUGCUAAUUGCAAAGCGAUACAUUAAAAGUUACUUUGCAAUGGACUUUGUUGCAUUGCUACCACUUCCACAGAUUGUUGUAUGGAGAUACCUCCAUAUUCCAGAUGGCCCAGAUGUACUGACUACGAAAACUGCACUGGUUUGGGUUGUUUUGAUCCAAUACAUUCCAAGGUUGCUUCGAAUAUUCCCUGUGAUCACAGAUUUGAAAAGGACAGCUGGUGUUUUUAUUGAAACUGCUUGGGCUGGUGCUGCUUAUUAUCUUCUAUGGUUUAUGCUGGCUGGGCAUAAUGUUGGUACUUUAUGGUACUUUUUAACCAUAGAACGUGAAGAUGAUUGCUGGCAUCUAUACUGUGACGAUCCCAACUUUGGCUUGGGAUGUAAUAGCAGCUACUUGUAUUGCAAUAAUCAUCAUCAUGGCAGCUAUGAUAGUUGGCUUACGAAUAAUAGUGCCCAAGUAUUCAACAUGUGCAAUGGCGGUCAAGACAAUCCUUUCAACUUUGGCAUUUAUGAGCAAGCACUGGUCUCUAAAAUACUUAGUCCAGGAAAUUUCAUCUCAAAAUUAUGUUAUUGCUUCUGGUGGGGAUUGCAAAAUCUAAGUACACUUGGUCAAGGGCUUUUGACAAGCACAUACCCUGGAGAAGUCCUGUUCUCUAUAGCAAUAUGUGUCCUUGGACUAAUUCUUUUUGCUCUCCUCAUUGGUAACAUGCAGAGCUACCUACAAUCUGUUGCUAUACGCCUUGAAGAGAUGAGAGUUAAGAAACGCGAUGCUGAGCAGUGGAUGCAUCACCGUUCACUGCCACUGGACAUCAGACAUAGGGUGAGGAAGUAUGAACGUUAUCGGUGGUUGGAAACCAGGGGAGUAGACGAAGAAACUUUGGUUCAAACUCUUCCAAAAGAUCUUAGGAGGGAUAUCAAGCGGCAUCUUUGUUUGGGCUUAGUGAAAAGGGUGCCUUUGUUUGAAAAUAUGGAUGAACGAUUGUUGGAUGCAAUAUGUGAGCGGUUAAGACCUGCACUCUACACAGAAAAUGAGUUCAUUUUGAGGGAAGGUGACCCGGUGGAUGAGAUGCACUUUAUUCUUCAUGGUUGUUUGGAGAGUGUAACCACUGAUGGUGGACGGAGUGGGUUCUUUAACAAGGUUCAGCUAAAGGAAGGGUCGUUCUGUGGCGAUGAGUUGCUCACUUGGGCAUUGGAUCCCAAGUCAGCUGCUAAUUUUCCAGUUUCGAGCAGGACUGUCCAGGCACUCACCGAGGUUGAGGCGUUUGCCCUAUGUGCAGAAGAGCUGAAAUUCGUGGCCAGUCAGUUCAGGAGGCUGCACAGCAGGCAAGUGCAACACACAUUCCGAUUCUAUUCCCAGCAGUGGAGGACUUGGGCAGCCUGCUUCAUCCAAGCAGCAUGGCGCCGCUACUACAAGAGGAAGAUGGCAGAGCAGCGGCGCAAAGAAGAAGAGGCGGCAAGCCGGCCAAGUAGUAGCCACCCUAGCCUUGGGGCGACUAUCUAUGCAUCUCGUUUCGCUGCCAACGCCAUGCGAGGGGUUCACAGGCUAAGAAGCAAGGCUGUCCCUACCAUUGUCAGGCUACCGAAACCCCCAGAACCAGAUUUUGGUGUCGAUGAUGCUGACUAACGAGACAAUCACACUGUACUCGCUUGUAAUUGUACUUUACCUCAUCUGUAGAUUCUGUACAAGAUUCAACGACAGCUGAAGAAGAUAGUGUCUGUAAAGGUUUGUAACCACGCACAGACAGACCAUAACGGAGGU